GCUUCUAAUAUAAAUCAGCUUUGCCGAGGCGCUGACUGACCCGGAUGUACACUUCUCCGUUGCUAGACUCGUUGCUAGGAUACAUGGGCGCCAGGUAGCACGCCGUCAGCUAGGGUUGAAUUCCAAAUACAUCCACCCUCCCUGUAUUAGUUCACUUCAUAGCAUGGAUAUAUGGUGAGAAAUCGUGGUGUUAACACACUAAAAAGCACCUAUAAGUCCGAUUUGGGAUACAGCCCAGUUAAAGAGGUUAAGUUACUCUAUGAGUGGCCUCCAGUAAACCGCUGCGCGAACAGGUUAACUUUCAUCCACAAGUGUGUGUAGAACAGGUUAAAAACGGUGGAUUAAAAAAGAAAUCCGAAUAAGAUAAAUAAAUAUCUUAACCGUUCGUAGUAACCAAAGGGGAAAACUCAAAAGGAAUGCCGACGCGCAGGGAAUCAGCACAGCGGUGAUCCCGGAAACUCGGAAAAUCAUCAUCACUGCGUGCUUUUCAUGCGUGAGCCGAUUCAAGGUGAAACUUAAGUGCGUGUUCAUGAACUCAAGCUUACUUGCUGUACCAUGGAGAAAUAUGAGAAGCUGGCUAAGAUUGGCGAGGGCUCCUAUGGAGUGGUGUUUAAAUGCCGCAACAAGGAAACAGGCCAGAUAGUGGCCAUCAAGAAGUUUGUGGAAUCCGAGGAUGAUCCAGUCAUUAAGAAGAUAGCACUUAGGGAAAUCAGAAUGCUGAAGCAGUUAAAGCAUGUAAACCUGGUCAAUCUUCUGGAGGUGUUCAGGAGGAAGAGAAGACUUCACUUGGUCUUUGAGUUUUGCGAACAAACCGUCCUCAAUGAACUCGACAAGCACCCCAGAGGGGUUCCUGAGGGCCAGCUGAAGAGCAUCGUCUGGCAAACUCUUCAGGCUGUCAACUUCUGCCACAAACACAAUUGUAUCCAUCGGGAUGUGAAACCAGAAAACAUCCUCCUAACCAAGACGGGCAUCAUUAAGCUGUGCGACUUUGGGUUUGCCCGCAUCCUGACUGGUCCAGGUGACGACUACACUGACUAUGUGGCCACACGCUGGUACCGAGCACCGGAGCUUCUGGUAGGAGACACGCAGUACGGCCCACCGGUGGAUGUGUGGGCGCUAGGCUGCGUCUUUGCUGAACUCCUUCUUGGGAGUCCACUGUGGCCUGGACGCUCAGACGUAGAUCAGCUUGACCUCAUCCGUAAGACUCUGGGUGACCUUAUUCCUCGACACCAGCAGGUGUUCCGCUCUAAUGCUUUCUUCAGUGGAGUAAGCAUCUCUGAACCAGAUACCAUGGAGCCACUUGAGAAGAAGUUCCACGGUGCCUCUCCUCAUGCCAUUACUGUGAUGAAGUCUUGUCUCGUGAUGGACCCUGCUGAAAGACUGACAUGUGAGGAGUUAUUAGAGCUGCCAUACUUCCAGGAUGAGGUUGGAGUCGGAUGGGGACGAGAAAGCGACCGACCCAUGAGGCGCCAUGAGAAAGGUGCCAGACGCAGAGUGCCAGGGGCCCAGUAUUUGCCGCAACUUACCAGCAGCACCAUCUCCCCAGCACCCGAGCUGAAGAACAAACACAAGCCCAAGGUCACGGUGGAGGCUGGAGCUUAUCCCAGGGAACUCGGGUGGGGGACACCAUGGACAGGGUUCCAACUCAUCGCAGUGCACAAUCGCACACACAUUCACACAUUUAAGGCAAUUUGGAAAUAUCAAUCAGCCUACAGUGCACGUCUUUGGAAGCAGUACCUACAGAAAACCCCCGAAGCAUGUGCACCUCCAUGCACACAGGGCAGAGGCAGGUUUUGAACCCCCAACCAUGGAGGUAUGAUGUGCUAACCACUAAGCCACUGUGUCCCCUACAUAUUAUAGACAGAAAACUACUGCAAGUGAUGAGAUACAACUUGAGAAAGUUGUUUUGGAUUGCAUAAAUUAAUGACUGUGUG